CAACCUCUUUUUGAACUCUUGUUUGGGGUCUGAUGGUUCGGCUCUGGACCUCAAGCCCCCCCGGAGCAGUGUGUUUAAAAGCUCUGGUCAAAGCCAACUUGUCUUUAUGAACACUGCCAGCACCGAGUCUGACUGGAUAUUUUGCCUCUGGCAGUACUCUUAUGGCACCAGGCCUUUUUAGAGCUGUUACAUCAACUCUUUGAGGCCACUUUACAGCUAUUAGGCUUUUAGUUGAACGGCUACUAUUACCAGGUGUUUUAAGGGGACUCUCCUUGUCUUUCUGUACCUGUGCUACCACCAGAAUUGUGCUUGGAACUCCACUGAUAGCACUUUCUUUCUGGUUUCCCAGCUUGUAUCAGUCAUCGCUUCAGUGGUAGAACAGCAAGCUGAAUUGUUCCUGGACUUUGUGUUUAUACUAAAAGACAGUACCAAACUCUCUUUAGUGUCACUCUGGACCCUCUGCUGUUUUCAGUCUCUCUCUGGACAUUAGACUUCCAUACCCCCUUCUCUCUGCAUUCUCUACCAGUCUGAAAAUCUUUAUGGACGCUUUCUUGGUACUGGGAAUAGUCCAGAUUGUGUGUUUGGCUCUGGGGUGAGCAAUAUGGUGGCAGGGCAGGGGCCCCUCAGCCUGCUGGUACAGCGGUUCAACUCUCGAUGCUCAGUGGCAAACAGCAACAUGGGAAAAGAGGUGGAGGAGCCCAGCACCAAGCGCAGUAAGCCUUUAUCCCGGGUAGCGUCUCUGGCCAGCCUGCUGCCCCCUGUCAAGACAACGCCGCUGAAGAGGAUUGGCCAGACACUGCAGCGCACCAUCAGUCUUCGUAAUGAGGGCCGUGCAGAGAGAGCUGCUCCUCCUCCUCCUCCUUCUUCUUCCUCCUCAACAACAAAGACACGUGUUAUCUCAGCGACACUCUCAAACCCUUCUUCGUCCAUGACUGCCCCGAGGGUUUCAACUGCAGCUGCUUCGGCCUCCAAGCGUCGGGACAGCAAGCUGUGGAGCGAGACGUUUGACGUCCGACUGGGAGCGGCACAAUCUCUGAGCCCCAAAGAGAUAAAACGACAGGAGGCUAUAUUUGAGCUGGCUCAGGGCGAGCAAGAUUUGGUGGAGGAUCUGAAGUUGGCCAAGAAGGCCUACCACGACCCAAUGCUCAAGCUAUCCAUCAUGACCGAGCAAGAACUGAACCAGAUCUUUGGUACUCUGGAAUCCCUUAUACCCCUGCAUGAAGAUUUGCUGAGUCGCCUCCGAGAUGCCAGAAAACCCGACGGGUCCACAGAACAUGUAGGACAUAUUUUAACUGACUGGCUGCCCUGCCUCUCUGCUUACACGCCGUACUGCAGUAACCAGGUCAAAGCCAAGGCUUUGUUGGACCAAAAGAAGCAAGAUCGGCGAGUCCAGGACUUCUUGCAGCGUUGUCUCCAGUCACCUUUUAGCAGGAAGCUGGACCUGUGGAACUUCCUGGACAUCCCCCGCAGCCGGCUGGUGAAAUACCCGCUGCUGCUGAGAGAGAUCCUGAAGCACACAGCCAACGACCACCUAGACCGACAGCACCUGGACGAAGCGAUGCUGAUGGUUCAAAGCGUGGUGGCGGACAUCAACAGGCAGACAGGAGAGUCGGAGUGUCAAUACUACAAGGAUCGUCUGGUGUACACAGAGGACGGACAAAGGGACGAACUCAUCGACCGCUCCAAGACCCUCAGCUGUCAUGGAGAGCUGAAGAACAACAGAGGACUCAAGCUCCACGUGUUCCUUUUCCAGGACGUCCUGGUCAUCACCAGAUCCAUGUCGUCAAACGACCAGCCAGUCAGCUAUCAGCUCUGCCGCCAGCCAAUCCCCAUUCGUCAGCUGGACCUGGAAGACCUAUCAGAUGGAGAGAUAAGAGUGGGCGGAUCCAUCAGAGGGGCCUUCAGCAACAAUGAACGAACAAAGAACUUCUUCCGGGUUUCAUAUCGUACUGGAGGCCAACUGCAGAGCCACUGCUUUCAGGCCAGUGACGCCUUCAACAAACAACAGUGGAUCAACUGCAUUAGACAAGCCAAAGAAGCUGCAGCACUGACUGGAGACCAGCUGCCACAGACGGGACAGUGUCCAGAGACGGGGGUCAGUGAACAAACAGGGCCACCUGUUGAGACAGGGCGGAGUUUGUGCAAUGACUCAGAGGCUGUGAAUGAAAAGGGGUUGUGGGGUGUGAAAGGACAGGGCUUGGAGGGAGAGGCAGGUCUGCAUGGAAAGGAAGAUCUUGGACUGAGUGAUGGAGAUGGGCUGGGUUUAACUCAAGAGACAAUGACGGGGAAGGAGAUGGAGGCAGAUUUGGAUUUGCAUGGUAAAUCAGGGAUGGACGGAGCGCCACAGCCGGUGAUCAGUGAGGCGAAAACAGGUUUGGAGAUGGAGAGAAAUCAGGGUGUCGGUGUGGAGAUGGGAGCUGAACCAGGAGCCACUACAGACUUUAAGGUGGAUGAAGAGGGGCAGACUCUCAUCAGAUGUGAAGAUGCAGUUUCCAUUUCCCUCCUCUCCUCUUCAAUUCCCAAAGAAGUGGAGGAGGAGGUGAUGGAGGAGGAGCGGAGCAGUGCUGCAGAAGAAGGAGAGGAUGGUAUGGACACUGGCGAGAUGGACUCACUGCAGUGCCACAGGUGCUGAUAGGACGACACCUAUCAGGAAUGGAACUGAACUCAACCAACUGUGGUAUUUAGUAAUGAUGUAACUGACAAAAAGCCAAAUGAAACGUAUAUAAACAACCUUAUUGGGAGAAGUCACGUGACCAACCGGUGCUCACUGCUCACAGACAUGCUGCUCAGAAUUGAGGCUAAAGGUGGCAAAUGCUUGUACUGUGCUAUGUAUGUAAGAUAUUAAGUCUGGGAGAUAUGGUGAAGUAACAAAAAUGUGCUCCAGGUGAAAUAAAGACUUAGAAAAGGCCACUUCAAACAAGAUUAGAUCAAAAACAUUAAAUAAAGAAGACAACUGGGUGCUCUAUCUGAUGAGAAGAGAGAAAAGAUGACAGCAAACAUUACACAUUUAGAAAUAAGUAUAUCUCAAGGAGAUGAGUCAGGAGGAUACACAUUUAUUCUCCACAUCAGAGUAAACAGUUACUCCCUAGCAAUGUAAUAACACAGUGGGACACUCCUCUCCCUUAGGUUAAAUACUCCCAGGACAGUCUCACUGCUGCACCCACUCUGGUUGACCCACAGAUGCAAAAAUAAAACUCCCUAUAAAACCUUGGUGAAUUUAGAGUUUUGAUUGUUUAAGGAAAUUUGAAAAAGUGAAAUAGAGGAAAUGAUGUUAGCAGUUGCUAAAACGUGUGUGCACAGGUUGGUCAUAAGACUGAGGAUUGGAAGUAAGCGUCUCCCAUGCUGCUAUCUGCUGUAUCCUAACUGCAGUUAGCAAUGGAUGUCAUUAAGAGGACUGGAUACCACACCCUGUGGAAGUUGCUCACCAGGCACACACUGCUGAAAGAUUGCUCAAAGGCUCUCCCUCCCAGGCUUCCUUUCCAGCUUCCCCCUGGCUCCAUCAUAGCUAACAUUGACCCACCUUUGAAGAAAUAAAUCCUGUUCUAACCACCCCUGGCCAGCAGCAGAGCUCAACAGUCUUUAUAGUUGUGACCAGGCUAACAACACUACUUUCACUGAAUGACAACAAAACUUGUGUCUCCAUUCACUGUAGUUCAAAUCGCCAGUUAUUUGGUCACUUUUAUGUUUGGGUUUAUGAACACAGACGUAUGGGGGUUGCUCCUGGACAGGCUUCACCACUGGUCCUGUGAGGUGAGCAGUAGUGAAAAACAGAAAACUGGGAAAUGUGAAAACACUCUUAAUUGUGCCAUCAUCUCAUGUAUUAUUGCUCAUGGUUAUAUUUUACAUACCA